UAAAUUUUGAAUUGAAAUGUAUUUUGUUGUUAUUUGUGUACAGGAUCCAGCGUUGAGUUACGAUAUUAUCUACGACAGUGCGGAUCCAUCUCAUGUCCAUUCCGGGGAGGGACACGGUACAAAUUGUGCUGGGGUUGCUGGUGCUGCGAAAAACACAGACUGUGUAGUCGGGGUGGCUUACGAUGCUUCUUUACCAGCGAUACGACUGCUCGACGGAUACAUUGGGGCAACUCAAGCAGACGAAGCGUUAGCACUGACGCACGAGCUCUCAAGUAUUGAUAUAUAUAGUAACAGCUGGGGACCGACCGAUGACGGAGAAUCGUUUUCUGGACUGGCAUCAAUACAAGUGGAGGCGCUGCAAACAGGUGUUACCGAGGGACGGGGAGGGAAAGGAGCUAUCUAUACGUGGGCUUCAGGGAAUGGCGGAUAUUACUACGAUGAUUGUAACGCUGACGGAUACGCCAACAGUAUUUACACUAUAGCCGUUGCCGCCAUGUCGGAGACAACAGCCCCGACUUGGUACUCAGAACACUGCACGGCUAUACUUGCAGCAGCGUACAGUGGGGAUUCGCCAAAUGCUCAAAUUACAACUACGGGGCCUUCAGAUACGUGUGUGAACGACUUUUCCGGGACUUCCUCGGCCACGCCAGUAGCCUCAGGAAUUUGUGCAUUAACUCUUCAAGCAAACUCUGCUCUAACAUGGAGGGAUAUACAACAUAUGAUUGUAGAAUAUUCCAUAUCAUCUGGUCUCCACGCUAACGCUAGCUUCUACACAAACGGAGCUGGGUACCAAGUAAGUCAUUGGUUUGGAUUUGGGUUGAUGGACGCCGAAGCUAUGGUGGACAAUGCCCCAUCUUGGCAAACUGUACCUUCCAGUACCAGCUGUUCGUCAACACAGAUAGACGUAUAUGAUUCGACAGUAAGUGAAAAUAUAACAAGUACAUACAAUGCCACACAAUGCUACAUCAGUUACCUAGAACAUUUGGUUGUUACCAUCAGUUACAAGGCUUCAUAUCGGGGUGAUAUUGAAUUUUACCUAGAUUCUCCCUCAGGAACUCAAAGUAUACUAUUCAGAUCGAGAUACUAUGAUUCAUCCUCUUCGAAAACAACCUGGGAUUUUAUGUCAGUACAUAACUGGGGCGAGGACCCAGAGGGAGAAUGGACCCUGACUAUGUCAGAUGUCUACGGUGGAACUAGUAUGAAUCUGUAUUACUGGAAUAUACAGUUUUACGGCACACUGACAGAUCCGCUUGCCGGAACUCCUGCUGCGGGUGCAUUGGGAGGUCCAUGCUCAGACUCCACCAACUGUAGCUCUCUUACCGAUGGCGGCUGUCUAGAGGAUGGUGAAUUUUGUGUUGUUUGCAACAACGGGUACCGCGUGCUAGACAUCUUUUGUAAACAAGAUGGCCGGCUAGGCGGAUAUUGUGAUGACGUUAUCCCAUGUGCCACCAGCUCCUUGGAGUGUACAAGCAAUGUAUGUAAAGUAAAGCAGACAGACGACGGAGGCAGUAACACAGCUUUGAUAAUCGGGAUCGUCGUUGGAUCUGUAGUUGGUAUAGCAUUACUCACGGCUGUAGGAUUCCUGGUUUACAAACUCCUAUUUUCAACAAAAGCAUCGGCAACUGUCGCUCCAGCGCCACAUGGUGACCCGCCCCCAUAUUCCUCUCAACAGGGAGUGUUUUCGGCCGCUGAGACACCGUCAAAUACAUCUUUUCAGCCUUCAGCCCAUCCAGGCACAUUGCCGCCUCUACGUUCAGUGCCUUAACCUUUGCUUUACUUACACAUUGCAGCUGUAUAUUCGCUACAAUGUUUUUGAUGCAUUGCUAAUUACGGCUGUGAAAUGAAACUAUUUUAUUAUACUCUUUUAUUAUAUGGUACCAUGUUUUUAAUGAAAACUAUAUUUAUUCAUCUUUACUUAUCUUUAUCUGUGAUAUGUCAAUGCCAGUUGUUUUUGUUUUAAUAAAUCACACGUUUUAAGCAAAUCACUGAUUCUGUUGUAUUGCCUAUACUGUAGCUGGCAUGCUUCCUUGUACAAUUUACUUCCGGACAUUGAAAAUGCAACAGUGGGCCACUU